AUGGCCACCCACAGGCCUCUGGAUCUGAGUAUCCUCUCCGCCAAGGACCUCAAGAAUGUCAACUUUUUCUCGAAGAUGGAAAUCUACGCCGUCGCCUGGCUCUCCAGAGAUCCCAACUCCAGGCAGCGCACCCCUACCGACCGGGAAGGCGGUAAGAAUCCGUCAUGGAAGAACGUCACCCUACGAUUCUUCAUCCCCGAGGGCGCCGACACGCGCGGCCUGGUCCUCAGUGUCCUCCUCCGCUGCGAACGCGCCCUCGGCGACCGCGACAUCGGCGAGGUGCAUGUCCCGAUCAAUGAGCUCGAGUCGAGCGCGGGGAAAUCAGGUCAGGUCGUCACCUACGAGGUGCGCCGGCCCUCCGGGAAGGCCAAGGGCACCCUCAACUUCUCCUUCAAGAUCGGGGAGCCGGUAGCCGCCCCACCUCCGCCUCCUCCCAAUCCAGCGCCUUACGCGGCACCGGGGACCGCCUACCCCGCGCCAGGAGUCGCCUACCCUGCGCCAGGAGUCGCCUACCCUGCGCCAGGCACGGAUUCUAAGGGAGACUAUCCUGUGACGGCCUACCCUGCUGGCCCCAGCGCGGCGUAUCCACCUCCGGGCACCGCUGGUGCGUAUCCUCCACAGGGAUAUCCGCCGUACCCUCCUCAAUACCAGCCGCACGGCUAUGGGCCUCCUCCCCCAGGGAACGGCUACCCACCUCCCCCGGGGUACGGUUACGGUGCACCGCCGGUCGUGCAACCUCAGAAGCCGAAGAAAAACAGGUUGGGAAUGGGGCUCGGUGCUGGCUUGCUCGGCGGGGCCCUCGGCGGCCUCCUGAUCGGUGACAUGAUCUCGGACGCUGCGGACUACGAUGCAGGGUACGACGCAGGAUUUGACGAUGGGGGUGGCUUCGAUUUCUAG